AUGGACAACAGAAACAACUCAAUAUUCAGAAUAGAGAAAACCGUGGACCUUCGACAGGACGCGGUGCCAGUGGAGGCCACCAUCACUGUCGUGAGUGACCAUCCAAAUGAGUCCGAGAACUUAAUUAAAACUCCCAUCCAAAUCAAAACAACAGAUGUUACCUCCGAGGAUGUGGACAACAAUGAGGUUUCAAAGCAUAUUCCGACGACGUCCAGCGCAGUAACGUCACCAAACAACUACGUGGCUGCCGAUUUAAACCCACAAACGCCAGAAUCGUUGAAUGUCAUCAGCAGCAUCUUUACUAACGAAGAGCGCAUCAACGACGAGUCGGCGUCCCUACAUCGCGUCAUGAAUGCAGCUUGCUUGUUCACUCCUGAGGUUAUUCAUAAGUUCAGUGAAGUGCAGGAAAGUAAAGGUGAACACAUAUGCGAAAGCUCUGAAGAUCUUUCUAGUCAGAAACUCGACCCGGAGGAUGUGGAUCAAGUAACAUGCCGUGCGCAAAGUUACAUUCAAACCACACUACCCAUCCAGACAGCGAGUCUCUUUACAUCUGAGAUUAUUUGCAAGCUCGGAGAACUGAUCGACGAAAAGAAAAUCUACCAGAUGCAACACAGAAAUUCAGAAGACACCAUCAGUCAACAAUGCUUGACGCUGAAAUCCGACACAGAAACGCUGGCACAAUGUCGAAGUCCUCGUGAUAAUGCACCAGCGAAAAUCUCAACCGCCCCCUGCAUAGUCCCUAAACUGUGUGGAUGUGCGAGAAACUGUCAUUUUGGUGAAAGAGGACCUUUCCGACAUGAAAGCCGGAAGGCGAUUUCGGAAUCACUGCCGAAAAUCCAACCUCAUAGCAGAGGCAACAGAAAUUUUAUGAAUCGUAUUUUCGAGUUAGAUAAUUGUCGGCAGACACCCGGGCGCAGUGGGGAAUGGGGGUGGAGCACGAGACAGGGGCAGGAGUAUGCGGAGUACCAUAGACGAUCCAAUCACUACCACAAAGAAAGGCAUCCCGAAAUACACGACAGGAAUUCCUGGAAGCGAAUUUGCGGAAGUGAGGAUAGAGUGGUUUCGGUGGACCCGUGCAGCAACGGUAAGGUGGCAGGAGACGAUGUCAGCCUCCUAACGUCCCUUCACAUAACAGCGAACAUGCUGCAGUCAUACGUACAAACAGGGCUCGCAACGGACAGUAAAGAAAAAGAGGCAAUGGAAGGAUUCAUUAGUGAGGUCAAUGGGCUUCUAAAAGUGGAAGGGGCCCUGCCGAUUGGCUUAGAGUCAGCUAAAAAUCUACUGGCAUUACUAGACAGGGCUCGAGUGCACAUUCUUAGCUCUACGAGAGGCAGACGAUCCAGUAGUCUCAGCGUGAGCCGAUGUGGACGUCAUUCAUUUUUAUACGUGCCCCAAUAA